UCUGGCUCGGGGCCGCGCCUUCCGCGUGGCUGAAGAGGUGGACGGCCUCAGCGUCCCGCCGACCCCCCUCACGCCCGGCGCCGCGUCCCUCUGCUCCUUUUCCAGCUCCCGCUCCGCCCUCAACAGGAUGCCCCGGCGACGGAAGCGGGAGUCUGUUGCUGUCAUGAGCAUCAAGGCUGCAGCAGCGCUGAUGAAGGGUCGGACAUUAGGCGAGAACGCUGCUUGCCAGAGUCGCAGACGGAGCUUCAUGCCUCCCAGCUUCUUUGAGGAGGACACCGAGGAUUUCCCUGAUGAGCUGGACACAUCCUUCUUCACCAGAGACGGCUUCCUGGAGGAAUUGUCCAGUUACGCCGACGACGUCUUUGAGACGCCGUCAGAGGCCGACCUGAAGCAGCCGGAUGAGAGCGCGCUCACAGGAGGCGCUCUGGAGAGGAACAAGCUGGAGAGGACUCACCUCAUGCUGCCUUUAGAGCGAGGCUGGAGGAAGGCGAAGGACGGCUCUCUGGUCCAGCCUAAGGUGCGGCUGAAGCAGGAGGUGGUGAGUGCCAGCAGCCACAGGCAGCGAGGACAGAGGAUCGCAGUUCCUGUGAAGAAGCUGUUUGCCCGGGAGAAGAGGCCCUACGGGCUGGGCAUGGUGGGCCGGCUCACAAACCGCACCUACCGCAAGCGCCUGGACAGCUUCGUCAGGAGGCAGAUAGAAGACAUGGAUGAUCACAGGCCUUUUUUCACCUACUGGAUCAUUGUCCAUCUGCUGAUCACCAUCCUGGCCGUCUCCAUCUACGGCAUUGCUCCCAUCGGCUUCACGCAACACGAGACUGUCGACUCUGUGCUGAGAAAUAAGGGAGUUUAUGAAAACGUUAAAUUUGUGCAGCAACAGAACUUCUGGGUGGGUCCGAGCUCUGAGGCGCUGAUCCAUCUUGGUGCAAAGUUUUCUCCUUGCAUGCGUCAGGAUGAAGAGAUCCAAAAAUUGAUUCAGGAGACGAAAGCAAUAGAAAGAGAGUCGGGCUGCUGUGUUCGGAACGAUCGCUCUGGUUGCCUGCAGACGUUACAGGAGGAGUGUUCGAGUACCCUGGCAGUAUGGGUGAAGUGGCCUCAUCACCCCAGUGCUCCAUCUUUAGAUGGUAAACCCCGCCACCAUGGUUCAGUCUGCCAUCAGGACCCCAGAAUCUGUCAGGAACCGGCCUCAGUCUCGCCUCAUGAGUGGUCAGAUGACAUCACACAGUGGCCGAUCUGCACCAAGUAUAACUCUGGGAACCACACCAACCUGCCCCACAUAGACUGCAGCAUCACAGGCCGGCCCUGCUGCAUCGGGACCAAAGGCCGAUGUGAAAUCACUUCCAGAGAGUACUGUGACUUCAUGCACGGAUACUUUCACGAGGAGGCGACGCUCUGCUCACAGGUUGCCUGUAUGGAUGAUGUGUGUGGCUUGCUCCCCUUCCUCAACCCAGCGAUCCCAGAUCAGUUCUCCCGGCUGUGGCUGUCUCUCUUUCUUCAUGCCGGCGUCCUGCAUUGCCUGGUGUCUGUGCUCUUCCAGAUGACCGUGCUGAGGGACCUGGAGAAGCUGGCCGGCUGGCUCAGGAUCUCCAUCAUCUACAUGCUGAGCGGCAUCACAGGCAACUUGGCCUCUGCCAUCUUCCUUCCCUACAGAGCCGAGGUGGGUCCUGCUGGCAGCCAGUUUGGCAUCCUGGCCUGUCUGUUCGUGGAGCUCUUCCAGAGCUGGCAGAUCCUGGAGCGGCCGUGGCGGGCGUUCCUCAAACUGUCGGCCAUCUCUGUCUUCUUCUUUUCCUUCGGCCUGCUUCCGUGGAUCGACAACUUCGCCCACAUCUGUGGCUUUGUGUCGGGGUUCUUCCUGUCCUUUGCCUUCCUGCCGUACAUCAGCUUCGGGCGCUCUGACAUGUACCGAAAGCGAGUCCAGAUCUGCGGCUUCCUGCUGGUCUUCCUGGGCCUGCUCUCCACCCUGGCCGUUCUCUUCUACGUCUACCCGGUAAAGUGCGAGUGGUGCGAGUACCUGACCUGCGUCCCGGUCACAGACAAGUUCUGUGAGAAGUACGACCUGAACGCUCACCUCUGAACAUCAGCACCGGUGCAUCGGCACCGCUCCGUCACAUCGCUGGAGCUGCAACAAGGAAGCUAAACAUGGAGAAGAGCAACGCUUCUGGAGUAAAGGCGUCAUUUCAGCGGGACCAGUGGGUUCUGGAUGCAUCAGAACCAGGAGAGCAUGGACUGAUGGAGGAGACGGUGUUGCUUUUAUUGGAAACUCGACUAGCGUAGUGCUGGUGCCUUGCAGCAAGAAGGUUCUGGGUUCAAAUCCAUGUUGCAUGUUCUCCCUGUGCAUGCGUGGGUUCUC